AUGUUCCGAGAUCAUCCAAAAUCACUAAGCGGCUCAAACGGCAGUGCCGUGUUACCAUUCCCAAGCCAACGGACAGGCGUGUUUUGUCCUACGGUUCCAGCGUCACGCAGGCUGAGUCGAAGGAGCAGGACCGUUUUUGCCCCGUUCAGCCCGGGCACUACUUGCGAGCCUGGAAAGAUGACGACACCACGAACCAAUUCCUCAUUGAUACGAUCCAAACGACUCGGGUUGGUUCAUAAACACAACAAAGCCCCGCCAACUUCGACAAGGCCACGCGUAUCGGAACGACAAGACAGCAGCGAAAACUCCAAUUGCGAGUUUCGAAGUUCUAUUUUAUGGUCGAGAAUUUCUAGAGUGGCUGUAUUGCAGCACAUUUUACGAAUGUGCGGUAAAAUAACUUUUGCAAGGCGUCCACCAUAA